CUCUCAGACUUUUCUCAGUCCGGUGUCCCGACAGGACUCAUCGGGCAUGGCCGGCAGUCUGCCCCAGCAGGGCUCUCCGAACCCCGGCUACAGCGCCGUCACGGUGCCGGUCAUCACGCAGACGGAUUCCAGGGACAAGUGGAGCAAGAAGAUGGAUUUUCUCCUCUCGGUCAUUGGCUUCGCAGUGGAUCUUGGAAACGUUUGGAGAUUUCCGUAUAUUUGUUAUCAAAACGGAGGAGGGGCUUUCCUGAUACCCUAUGUCCUGAUGGCCAUCUUUGGAGGCGUGCCCCUUUUCUACAUGGAGCUGGCUCUGGGUCAAUUUCACAGAACUGGAGCGAUUUCCAUCUGGAAACACAUCUGUCCCAUUUUCAAAGGUAUAGGAUAUGCCAUAUGCAUCAUCGCUCUGUAUGUGUCCUUUUACUACAACACCAUCAUCGCCUGGGCCCUCUUCUACUUCUACUCCUCCUUCUCCAGCAUCUUGCCGUGGACCAACUGUGACAACUUGUGGAACACCCCUGACUGCACCAACUACUUUGGCACGGAUAACGUGACUUGGACGAACUCCUCCAGGUCUCCGGCAGAGGAAUUUUACACGAGAAACGUUCUAGAGAUCCACAAGUCCUCGGGGCUGAGGAACGUCGGUGGGGUUCGCUGGCAGCUGAUGCUCUGCCUCUUUCUCAUUUUUACCAUUGUUUACUUCAGCCUCUGGAAGGGAGUGAAGACAUCUGGGAAGGUUGUUUGGGUGACGGCCACUUUACCCUACAUCGUGCUGUUCAUCCUGCUGAUCCGAGGUGCCACCCUGCCAGGAGCCUGGAGAGGUGUGGUGUUUUAUCUGAAACCUCAGUGGGACAAGCUGUUGGAGACCAGUGUUUGGGUCGAUGCUGCAGCUCAGAUUUUCUUCUCGCUGGGUCCAGGCUUUGGGGUCCUCCUGGCUCUUUCCAGCUACAACCCUUUCACUAAUAACUGCUAUCGCGAUGCCAUCGUGACCAGCCUGGUGAACUGUCUCACCAGCUUUGUGUCUGGGUUUGUGAUCUUUACGGUUCUGGGCUACAUGGCAGAGAUGAGGAAGGUCGAGGUGGAGGAUGUUGCCAGAGAUAAAGGUCCAAGUUUGCUCUUCAUCACGUACCCUGAGGCGAUCGCUAACAUGAUGGGGUCUACGUUCUUUGCCAUCAUUUUUUUUGUGAUGAUGAUCACUCUGGGCCUGGACAGCACGUUUGGAGGACUGGAGGCGAUAAUCACCGCCGUGUUGGAUGAAUACCCUGAUCAUUUCUCUCACAGACGUGAACUCGUUGUUCUGUGCUUGGUGAUCGUCUGUUUUUUGGGCUCUCUGAGCACCCUUACAAAUGGUGGGGCCUACGUGGUGAAGCUGCUGGAGGAGUUUGGAGUCGGAUGCUCCAUCAUUGCAGUGGGUUUCCUCGAGGCCAUCGCCGUUUCCUGGUUCUACGGAAUCAAAAGAUUCAGCAGCGACGUUCAGGCGAUGCUGGGCAAAGCCCCGGGAUUGUUCUGGAGAGUUUGCUGGGUGGCCAUCAGUCCUGCAUUCCUAGCAUACAUCAUCGUGAGCUCCCUGCUGAAAGCCCCGCCCCUUACGCUGUUUGAUUAUAAGUACCCUGACUGGAGCAUCAUGGUCGGAUACGCCAUCGGCUUCUCCUCCUUCAUGUGGAUCCCCAUCUACAUGGUCUACAAGCUAGUGUGGACCCCCGGGUCCCUCAAGCAGAGGUUGGCGGUGUGCCUGAGACCGGAGAGGACCAUCCCUGACGUUCACGCCGACGGCCUCAACAUGACUGCCGCAGCUCAGAGAGACACAAACACCUCUGUCUGCAUAUAGAUUUCUUUUUUAACCAGUUUGAUCAAACCUGAUUUGGUGACUGUUCUGUCUGAUGAUAUAAACAAACACUUUGCUGCUACAGCUCUAAGUCUAAAAGAAACAGGGAGAGCAAUAGACACAUCUUCUGACUGUGUGUGUGUGUGUGUGUGUGUGUGUGUGUGUGUGUGUGUGUGUGUGUGUGUGUGUGUGUGUGUGUGUGUGUGUGUGUGUGUGUGUGUGUGUGUGUGUGUGUGUGUGUGUGUGUGUGUGUGUGUGUGUCAUCUGGACCUGCAUCGGUUUAAAUGUGGUUCUUGUGCUUGUAGGAGUCCGUGCAAAGUGGUCUGUACUUUUAAGCAUGUGCGUUUUUAAAAGAAGCAUUCAGUUUAGAUUCAGAGGAGCCAAAUUGAACUCUUUUGACUUUGGUGUUAUAUUUAAUCUUUAAAUCAGAAAUAUACUUCUUUAAUCAGAUUUCAUGGCAUCUGUAGGUUUAGGCUUUGGACGGAAGAGUUUUUCUUCCUCUGAACUAAAACUACAUAGCAUCUUGUCUCACAUGCUGCAUGCAAACAAGUACUUUCUGAUUUUUAACCAGUUAGUUGCAAAUAAAUUCAAAAUGCACGUGUUGUUUUCCAUUUACACUCCAGUCAGACUGCCUUAAACACGCGAUUAAACAUAACAAUGGUAACGACAUGUGUGCCUCUCCAGGAAAACAUUUUCACUCUAACUAAAGACUGUUCAGAUGUUUUUUGCAGAUGUAAUUGUUCGCUUAUUUUCAAUGCUUACUCAGAAAAACUUAUGAUGGUUGUUGUCCUGGUUUAUGUAAAGAAGUGUAUAAAUAGUUUGAAUCAUGUUUUCUUUGUGUAGUUUUAUUUUUUAUUUCUGGGCUCAAACAUGAACAUUAAAGGUGUGGAACACUGAAAAACAUUUUUUAAAUCUUAUUUCUGACUAUAAUCAGUCAGUCCAAUUUUUUCAUGCAGGCUGAACAUUAAAAAGUCUCCUACGCCUAUCUGCUGCAUUAGCUUCUGACAGAAAAUAGAUGGUGAAACUCUAGGAUUUGAAAAGCCUGACAAAUCAAUGUCACACUGUCACUUAACAUUCAUAGACUUACCCAUCUUGUUGGUUUAGAAUCCAGGAAACAGCAGAUAACGUCUCAGCUAGUAGAAGCUAACCAUUAGCAUUAGAGUUGCAUCUACCACUAAGG